AUGUUCCGCAUCAAGGACCCUAAGAUCUCGCUCGACUUCUACACCAGGAUCCUCGGCAUGGAGCUCGUUCACGAGUCUCCCGGCGGCGACUUCACCAACUACUUCCUUGCGUUCCCCGAGGAGGGAAAGGAGAACAUGUCGAAGGAGGAGAAGUCGGACCGCAAGUUCCAGCGCGAGGGAAUCCUCGAGUUGUGCCACAACUACGGCACGGAGAACGACGCCGACUUCAAGUACGCUAACGGCAACGAGGAGCCCGGCCGCGGCUUCGGCCACAUCGCUAUCUCGGUCGACGACGUUGAGGCUGAGUGCAAGCGGCUCGAUGGGCUCGGCGUGCAGUUCAAGAAGCGCCCUGAGGAGGGGCGCAUGAAGCACAUUGCCUUCGUCUACGACCCUGACCGUUACUGGAUCGAGAUCGUUCCGAACGGCGGCAAGAAGGGCGAGAAAGGCAUGUGA